AUGUGUUGCGGAAGGCGGAGCCGCGUGGCCGAAAUGUUCCUUUUCAUUGAAGACCUGGAGGAGGAUUAUAAGAUCCGUUGCCUCUGUUCCAGGGCAUUUGUGGAGGAUCGAAAAUUGUGCAGUUUGGGAUUAAAAGGCUACUAUGUCAGAGGAAAUAGCAAUAAUGCAGAAGAUCAAGAAUCAGAAGAAGAGGAAAGUCAUUCCCAGGACAGUGCAGAAUCACGUGAUAGCAAAGGUAUAGACCUAGAUGAAAGUGAACUAGAUUCGGAGGCUGAACUCAUGAAAAGCAUGGGACUCCCACUUCAAUUUGGUGGAAUAUCUACACACAAGAGUUCUGAGGUGUCUGUGAAUGCUAGAAAUAAAGUUAAAAUAAAAAAGAAGAAGAAAAAACCUGAAAGGAAGUAUUUAGAUGAAAUUAUAAAGGAAUCUUGGAGAGGAGAAUAUGAUGAAGAUGACCUUUUGGCUUCAGAGGCUCCAUCUUCAGUUGAACAGUAUGAGAACACCAGAACAUGCACAUCUCAAACCCAAAAAGAUGCUGAACUGGAAAAUCUCCCUACUGAAAUUGUAUCCUCUCCAAAGCUAGAAAUCACAGAGAAGUGGGAAGAGUAUUGGAGGGAGUAUGGAGGAGGACUACUCUGGCAGAGCUGGCAAGAGAAGCAUUUGGAUCAGACACUGUCCCCUGAGCCUUGGAGCUGUCCUGAUACAAAGGAAGAAUGGGAACAACACUAUAGUCAACUCUAUUGGUAUUAUUUGGAACAAUUUCAGUUUUGGCAGAGUCAAGGUUGGACUUUUGAUGCUGCACAAAGUUGCACUACAGAUGCUUGUGAAUCUAAAACACAAGUUGGCAACAAAAAUGAAAAUUGUGUGAAAAUGGACCUAAUUUCAUCUCCAUCUUCAUUCAUUGUGAUUGAUAAUAAAAGCUCUAGUUCAAGUGAUAAGGAUCAUAAUGAAAUUCUUGAUAGACUUACUAGUAUAACUCUAAAUUCAGAGGAAGUAGAACAAAGCCAGUUAGAGUCUUCUGUGAAUCGUGAUAGUCUUCUUGAGCUAAGUGAAGUCUGCAGCGUGAGAGAAUGCCCCACCUCUGGACAGAGAGAACCAUGUAAUGGAGGAACCGAAGAAAGAAAAGUGUCCAGGAGAAGGGACACACCCCCGCCUGCUCAAGAUUCACGGGAGUCUUCAGGAGCAACCUCAAGCAAAGAAAGACCAUACAACAGUGGUAUCAAUGGAGAAGAGAAUGAAGACGAUCCACCUGAUUGUAAACCAGCCAAACUCAAGAGGAGCCAUGAACUGGAUAUUGAUGAAAACCCACAUUCAGACUUUGGAAAUGGUAUUCUAGGACUUCAGCAUGGCUCAGGACAAAAAUAUGGUGGAAUGUCAAAGUUCAGUCAUCGGCAGGUGAAGUAUCUAGAGAAGAAUGUGAAGCGUAAAUCAAAGUUCCUAGACAUGCGACGACAGAUAAACAUGGAGAACACACAAGUCGUUCCUGAAGAGUCAGAGAAGAUAUUGUGCAAGAAAAAAAAAAUCUUGACUAAGGUACAGAAAUUCCUAAAAAAGGUUAAUGAAACCUUGGAUGAGGAAGCCUCCCAAAAGCCUUUUUCUCAUGACAGCAUGCAAGACACUUGCACAAGUAGUGAUUCAGAGGGACAAGAGUCUCUUACAAAAGGUGAUGACCCACUGGAGUCUAGUAAUACAGAACCUGACAAGGUUCAGCCUGUACCUUUACAUGAUGAAUUUGAUGCAGAAAAAAAUGGAGGUGUGAGCAUAGUAGGAGCUGAUGAAUUUCAAACAGAAGACAACAGAGAAGACAACGUUGUAACAAUUGCACCGGAGAACCAGGAUUGUGCUUCACAGAUUUUACCCGACUAUCUUCAGGUAGAAGGUCAAGCUGAGGUGAAGAAGAAUAAAAGAAAGAAGAAAAAUAAGAACAGAAAGGUAACUUGUCUACCUCCUGAGAUAGCUGCUGAUCCUGAGCUAAUAAAGUACUGGGUCCAGAGGUACCGGCUCUUCUCCCGCUUUGAUGAUGGAAUUAAAUUGGACAGAGAGGGCUGGUUUUCCGUUACUCCUGAGAAGAUAGCAGAGCACAUUGCUGGCCGUGUCAGUCAGUCCUUCCAGUGUGAUGUCAUCGUGGAUGCGUUCUGUGGAGUUGGAGGAAAUACUAUUCAGUUUGCUUUAACAGGAAAGAGAGUGAUUGCCAUUGAUAUUGAUCCUGUGAAGAUUGACCUAGCUCGCAACAAUGCAGAAGUUUAUGGAGUGGCAGACAAGAUUGACUUUAUCUGUGGAGAUUUCCUGCUGCUGGCUUCUCAAGUAACAGCAGACGUCGUGUUCCUCAGCCCCCCUUGGGGAGGCCCAGACUACGCCACUGCAAAGAUCUUUGACAUUAAGACAAUGAUGUUUCCUGAUGGCUUUGAAAUCUUCAGACUUUCCAAGAAGAUUUCUAAUAAUAUUGUUUAUUUUCUUCCAAGAAAUGCUGAUAUUGACCAGGUGGCAUCCUUAGCUGGACCUGGAGGGGAAGUGGAAAUUGAGCAAAAUUUUCUUAACAAUAAAUUGAAGACAAUCACUGCUUAUUUUGGUGACUUGAUCCAAAGAGCAGCCUCUGAAACUUAG